AUGUCAGUGCAGCUUCCUUCAAAUGAGGAGAUCUUGAAGUUUUGCAGAGCAUAUUACCGCCAUGGUGCACGCACUGUAGUGUACCCCUCUCACAAUGCCCCGAUUGCUUUCAUCAAGAUUGCAGGUUCACAGUCUGGAGUUGAGUCAGAAAUAUCCAGCCAGAAAUUCGCCUUCAAUGCGCUUGAAGCACUACACGAGCAGGAACGAAUCGGGAUCCACGUACCUAAAAUCUACCGCGUGCUAGAAGAAGCUUCUACAAGAUAUAUCGUCAUGGAGUACGUCCAGGGCCAAACGCUCAAAGAUUUGCUUAACCAGGAUAUCUUACACGACCUGUACUUCAACCAAGUUUCUAGAGCACUUAAGCUGUUCCUUUCUUUCGAAGUUCCUGACAACGCCUCCCCUGGACCGAUAGGUGGAGGGACCAUUCGGCAUCCCCUCUUCAAAGAUGCUGUUGCUUCAGUCGAGUAUUCUCAGUCGAUGCCUUACAAGAUCAUGUUCAAGCUCUUGCAAAUAUGCCUGAGACGAAUCGCUUAA